UAACAAGUGCGAGACUCGCCCCUGUUAACACGCAUAGGAAACCCUGCACGUCCCUCUUCCUUUUGCUGUCCACAAGCAAGAUGCCAGGCGGUGGUGUAACAGUGAAAGACGUCAACCAGCAGGAGUUUGUCCGAGCGCUGGCAGCCUUCCUCAAGAAGUCGGGGAAGCUGAAGGUGCCAGACUGGGUUGAUAUUGUUAAGCUGGCCAAGCAUAAAGAGCUGGCUCGCGACGAAAACUGGUUCUACGUCAGAGCUGCCUCCACAGUGCGUCACCUGUACCUGCGUGGAGGUGUUGGCGUGGGCUCUAUGACCAAGAUCUACGGCGGGCGUAAGAGGAACGGUGUAUGCCCCUCUCACUUCAGUGUGGGCUCCAAGAACGUUGCCCGUAAAGUGCUCCAGGCCCUCGAGGGACUUAAGAUGGUGGAGAAAGACCCCAAUGGUGGGCGUAGACUGACCCCUCAGGGCACCAGAGACCUGGACAGAAUUGCUGGGCAGGUUGCCGCUGCAAGCAAGAAAUCUUGAAGUGUAAAAUAAACUUUUGUGAGAAACCAA